CAACAACAAAAAUGACGAAAUUGAGCAACUUCGUCAAGAAAUUACCGACAUGAAUAGCGAAAUUCAGCAACUACAGCAGGAACAUCAACAACCUCAGGAAAAUACUACGUCCACUUUCAUGACAGAAUAUGGAACGGUAAAAAUUUCAAAUGACGAUUUGCUUGGAAAAGGUGCUUGGGGAGCAGUUUACAAGGGAGACUUCUAUGGUACGACAGUAGCGGUGAAAAAAUUUCACGAAAUAAUCAUAUCUGAUUAUAACAAGCAUAUUCUUCAACGUGAAAUAGAUAUUGCUUCGCAGUGCCGCCAUCCGAAUUUACUACAGUUUAUAUGCGCGACAAAAAACGUUCAAGAUCAACUUUUAAUCGUAACAGAACUGAUGGACACCGCUCUACGUACGUUACUUGAGCAACGAGUCAGAAAAAAGUCUAGUUUUGAGUACCAGGAGAUCAAAAUUGUUUCCAAAGACGUUGCCCUUGGACUCAAUUACCUUCACUCGCAAAAGCCAAGCCCAAUCAUCCAUCGUGAUGUGAGCAGUGCUAACGUGUUGCUAACGGUUGAAAACGGUGCAGUAAGACGAGCAAAAAUGUCCGAUUUUGGGUCAGCCAAUUUCAUGCAAGUUUGCAACACACCGAAUCCAGGAGCGGCCCUUUACUCCGCACCAGAAGCCAGGCGAGCACACCAUGACCCCAAGAUCGACGUUUUUAGCUACGGUAUACUAGUGUGUGAGAUGUGCAUUUGUGAGCUGCCAAAUCAAGCGAAGAGAAAAGAACAAUUUGGAAGAAUUUCAAAUGCUAAUAUCAAAGCUUUAGUUGAAGCUUGUACGAGGAGAGAUUCUAAAACAAGGCCGGCAAUGGAGGAUGCAAUUGACUUUUGGCGGUGUAUGUAGUGCAAAAAUUG